CAGCUGACCGGGGCGGGUCUGUUGUUUUGAAGGGAAGCGACACUUUUUGUUUAUGUGAAACUUAUAUCUGACACAAAAUGUUAAAAAAUAAAAUAAUAAACGUGACAGUUCGUGACGUGAGAUUCCCGACGUCCUUAGAACAACACGGAUCCGAUGCGAUGCACACUGAUCCGGAUUAUUCUGCUGCAUAUGUUGUGAUUGAGACCACAGACACUGAACUGAAGGGAUAUGGACUCACUUUUACUGUGGGAAGAGGAACAGAAAUCGUUGUAUGUGCGGUUGAAGCAUUAACUCCUCUGGUGGUUGGAAAAACCCUAAAAGAGAUUGUCAGUAACUUCAGAGGUUUCUACAGACAGCUAACCAGUGAUGGUCAAAUGCGAUGGAUCGGGCCAGAGAAAGGAGUUAUCCAGCUGGCCACAGCAGCCGUCCUGAAUGCUGUCUGGGAUCUAUGGGCUCGAGCGGAGGGCAAGCCCUUGUGGAAGCUCCUUGUGGACAUGGAUCCUGCAGAGUUGAUCAGCUGUAUUGAUUUCAGAUACAUCACUGAUGCUCUCACUGAGCAGGAAGCUUUAGAUAUACUUAUAAAAGCAAGAGAGGGAAAACAGAUGAGAGAGGAGCAGAUGUUGAGAGAAGGUUAUCCUGCGUACACCACUUCAUGUGCCUGGCUGGGUUACAGCGACCAACAGCUGACUCAGCUCUGCUCUGACGCUCUCGCUCAAGGAUGGACGAGAUUUAAAGUGAAGGUUGGGGCCGAUCUACAGGAUGACAUUCGUAGGUGCAGCCUCAUCCGGAAGAUGAUCGGACCAAACAACAUCCUGAUGAUAGAUGCCAAUCAACGAUGGGAUGUUGGUGAGGCGGUUGCCUGGGUUACCAAACUGGCAGAGUUUCGCCCACUGUGGAUUGAGGAACCCACAUCUCCUGAUGAUAUUCUCGGGCAUGCGUUCAUCUCUAAGGCACUUGUCCCCUUUGGUAUUGGAGUUGCCACAGGAGAGCAGUGCCACAACCGAGUGAUGUUUAAGCAGUUUCUCCAGGCGUCCGCUCUGCAGUUUGUUCAGAUUGACAGCUGUCGGGUGGGAAGCGUUAAUGAAAACCUCGCCAUCAUUCUCAUGGCUGCAAAGUUUAAUGUCCCUGUGUGUCCUCAUGCCGGAGGUGUGGGACUUUGCGAGCUCGUUCAGCAUCUCAUUUUAUUCGACUACAUUGCAGUGUCUGCUAGUUUACAUAACAGGAUGUGUGAGUAUGUGGAUCAUCUUCAUGAACAUUUCAAAAGCCCCACCAUCAUCAGAAACGCACACUAUAUGCCACCAACUGAUCAUGGUUUCUCCUGUGAGAUGCUGGAAGAGUCGGUGCAGAAGCAUCAGUUUCCUCAUGGAGAAGUUUGGAGAAAUAUUUUGAAGCAGGAAACAUAAACACAGACACGAUAAUGAAGAGAAAAAACUGCAUCAUAAACA